AUGGCCGUGGGGACCGAGCAGGCCAUGUGGAAGGCCAAGGAGUUCAAAGACCUGGCCCCGACCCAUCCGGUAGGGUCAGGCUCACGUGCUGGGUCUCAGAGCUUUGCAGACAAGAACCUGCCACCACUGACACCCCAGCAGCUGUCAGCGUUCCAGGACAUCUUUGAACUGUUCAGCUCCAGUCGGACCGGCACUGUGGGCAUGCAGAGCCUGAGAGCUGCCCUGGGUGCUGCAGGUAUUCAGCUGAGCCCAUGGGAGAUGCGUGAGGCCCUGCAGCAGGCAGACUUGGACGGUGAUGGAACUGUAGGCUUCGAAGACUUCCUGGGUGUCUUCACCAAUAGCCACUGCCACCCUCAGCACUUGGGCCAAGUGAAAGACAGCCAAGUCUGGGACACCCAAGGCCUGCAGACCCUCUUCUUAGAGACGCUGUUCAAGCUGAUGAGACAGGGCUUUGUGCCCCACAAGUCAGUGCGGGAGGUGAUGAGCUAUUACUCCAAGAAGCAGCGGGCUCUGCCCCUGACCCCAGGCUGCAGGGGCAGGUCACAGGGCCAAGGCUGCACAGAGCACAGUCACCGUGGCCUCAACUUCUAUUGCCAGGCCGCACGGAUCAGUGGCCUUUCUCACGCCCAGCUGGCGAGCCUGCUGCACGGACUGCGCAAAGCAGGUUCCUGCAGCCCCUACUCUCAGAUACCUAAGUUGGCUCCGAGCUCCGAAGUCCGAUUUCCCAAGUCCUACACCUCUAGACACCCCUGGCCCAGGACUAACCAGAGGCAGCAGCGCAACCCAGCCCCCGCAGGGUUCUCGGACCAGCCAGUAGAGGAUACGCGCCGCUGGAAGCUGGCUCCCUCCCCACCAACUCUAGUGCAAAAGCAGCCCCAUUCCCCUUCGCCAGCCUGUUUGCAGAUACCUGCUAUGAAGAACUUGUAG